AGAAAGCUCGUAAUUUUAAACGGUGUGGAAUGCCACUGGUCGCUGCAUCGACAAUGUGGCACCGAUAACCAACAAACUACAAUAAUUUGGGUUUGCACGUUGAUAUGAUGAGUAAUCAUAUUGUCACUCCUGGGCCUUACAGGGCGACAAAACUGUGGAAUGAAGUCACAAAGCUAUUCCGAGCAGGGAUGCCUCUGCGGAAACAUCGACAACACUUCAGAGUGUAUGGGAACUGUUUUACUGCCAUAGCAGCUGUCGACUGGCUACACGAACUGCUCAGGAACAAUAGUAACUUUGGACCAGAUGUCACCAGACAACAGACUAUCCAACUGCUGAAGAAGUUCCUCAAAAAUCAUGUGAUCGAGAAUGUGAAGGGCAGAUGGGGUUCAGAAGAUUUGGAAGACAACAGCCAUCUCUACAGGUUUGCUUCAACAUCUCCUUUGAAACCAAUUCCCCAUCGCCCACCUGUAUCAGGGCCUGCAUCAGUAAAGAAGAGUUUCUCAAUGAAAGAAAAGGAAGGCUUCUUCAAAUGUAGGACUUCCAAGAAACCUGACAAGGAGACUACAGAAAAUGUGGAUCCAUCAAAAGAAGAUAUGGAGACUGAGCCUGUGAUUGAAGUGGUCCAGGCCAGAGCACUAACAGAGGAAGAUAUUCAGGAUGUUUGGAGAGGCAUCACUCUCACACACCUUCAGAAAACAUUGGGAUUGACUGCGCUUGAGGAUGUUUUGGAUCCAAGACACAUCAAUUCUCAAAACAUUGUGUACAACAUGACCAAUGUGAACAAGCAUGGGGUUGUUACACUUGAGGACAAGACUGAUGACCUCCCACACUGGGUCUUGUCUGCAAUGAAAUGUCUUGCGAACUGGCCGAAGUAUGAUUCCAACCAGCCAUCCUAUCCUGGGUUUGAGAGGGAUGUGUUUAAAACGGUCUCCGACUACUUCUACAGCCUCCCUCAGCCACUUCUUACAUUUGAGUACUAUGAGUUGUUUGUCAACAUCUUGGUUUUAUGUGGCUACAUUGUGGCUCCUAAAACUCAAAGAGGAAAGCGAAAAAACCAAGAGGAGCCCAGCUACCCCCAGCCUGCAAAAAACCCUCACAUGAACGGUGCUGUUAACCUGUUCAAAUCAACGGAAUGUCUGCUGUUGAGCUUAAUUCGGAAAGAGGCUUUUGAAGAGGGCGACUCACCAAUGAGAGAGGUGUUCAGCUCAAAGGCCCAGUCCACGUUUGCAGCUCUGAAGACGGGCUGUGUCGGGAGGGUCCCCCAGAUGGGUCUGACAGGCCGAAGGGACAGUUCUGGGGAUGUCCUGGGAGGCAGCUCUCCGAGUCUUGUACGGUCAGAGAGCAGUGGAGCCUCAUCAGUUAGGCUCAGAAGACCCAGUAGUUGCUCCCUGGAGAGAAUCUUGGAUGAAUCAGCUGACUCAUGCUCCCAACACAAGUUGUUCCAGUCUACAGAGAGUCUGGUGUCUUGCAAAAGUAACAGUGGCAGCAAGUACAGCACCCCACCUCAGAAUAAAACUGACUCUCUGUCUGUUUUAGACAGCUACCCUUACUCUGAACCCCAAGUCUUUGUCACCAUGGCAACUCCCAGUUGCAUCACCAGUUCAGGUGUGAUGUCUGUAGAGGGUAGCACUCACAGCUCCAAAAGCGAGGGGGUCAGAAGCAGCAUCUCACUACCAAUGGACAACCUCUCAGUCAGUCAGAAGCCCAAGCGCCCUAGGAGCAUUGGUACCUGUUUGGAUAUAGCUGAGCACAGAGGGAUGUCUGCCAGCUGUUUCAGUAUUAACGCCCCUGUAGCAGAGAUCACCGUGAAGCCAGACUCCUCCUCCACUGUUGGCCUGAGGGGUCCCAGUCUGCUCAACCUGAGGGCCAGCAGCAUGGACCUCCGAGACCUCAGAGCUGGGCCUUCUGUUAGCAGGCGCUGUCAGAGCUCUCUGGACCUGUCCAGGCCAACCCUUGCUCUGCCCUCUGUGUUCACUUAUGCACGCCGUCUGAGUUCCGAGCAAAGUCUCCUCCAACCUCAGUUGGAGCGGGUGGCCAUUGAGGCUCUGCAGCUCUGCACCCUGUUGCUGCCCCCUGCCAGCCGGAGGAAGCUCCAGCUGCUGAUGAGAAUGAUCUCCCGGAUGAGUCAGAAUGUGGACAUGCCUCGGCUCCAUGACGCCAUAGGAACACGCACAUUGAUGGUGCAUACGUUCUCUCGCUGCGUGCUGGGCUGUGAGGAAGAGGUGGACCUGGAUGAGCUUCUGGCCACCAGACUGGUCUCCUUCCUCAUGGAUCACCACCAGGAGAUACUCCAGGUGCCAGUCUAUCUGCAGAACGCUGUUCGAGACCACCUGGUAUACCUCAGAAAAGUACAGAUAACCUACCCAGGUAGUGGUGGUGUGGGGGCCCCCAUGCCCAUCUACUCCUUCUGCAGACAGAUCAGUACCGAGGAGUUUGAGGAGCAGAAGCGGAGUGUGUCCCAGGCUGCCAUCGCUGACCUGCUGGAGAGCCUGAUCAAAGACAAGAACAUGUCUGUGAAGGACAAGAAGAAGAAGCUCAAGCAGUUUCAGAGGCAGUAUACAGACAUCUACGCUCUCCGAUUUCCAACGACUGAGAGCGAGGCGCAGCUUUUUGAAGAUAAACCAAAGAUCAAACCUCCAAUGCUGAUAAGUAUGAAGAAACCAAAAGCUUUUGGAAUUAGAAACUGAAGGUACAAUUGGGAGGCAACUGUUUGUGUGGAAUAUUUUUGUUGUUGCUUGAAACUAGACCUGGCAGCUAAAUGUAGGAAGGUGGGAGGAAACUACUGUGGGGACCACCACAAUUUAGACUGCAACUAUGUAACAUUUGUUUUUAGGGUUGAAUUAUGCAUGUUUUAUGUUAAGUAAUGUUUUUGUGUAUGUAAUUUCUAAAUACUGCAGUAUUUAUCUUUAGUGCACCAAAUAAUUUAUUCGGGAUUGAUGAUGACCUCGUAUGGGAGUAUAAUAAGUGAGCCUGAAGAGGAACCUGUAAGCAAAUGACAAUUUGGGAGUCGAUUCUGAUAGAUUUAUUUUGAAAUUGAUCCAGAUUUAUACACUUCAAUUGACAUCAAAGUACAGAAUUUAAACUUUCAAGCAUUUGCGUUUUCCAGGGAUUCAUUUUAUUGUUAAGCAUGGUAUUAGUCUACCUAGUUUAUUUUCAUAGGGUUGUAUGAAAUGCUUAUAAUUUAACUUUGUUCAUGUUUUUCUGUGUAUGUUUUGACACGUCACUUCUCUGUAUUUUUAUUCCAUUAACAUUCUCAAGUUGAGCUCAAACUACUUUAUUGUAUAUUUUUGGUGUGGGAUUUUAUAAAAAAAAAAAAAAAAAUCCUGGCAAGUUAUGUUCAGCCAUUUGGGAUAAUGAAGUUUUGCACUUUUCUGUCAUUUUUAAAUGAACAGUAGUUUAGACCAGUCAAUACAAUGGUUAAUAUAUAUACUUGACAAAUAUGUAUUUUUAUUGCCAUUUAUGAAGUAUUAAACCUACAAGGGAGACUUUUGGACUCAUUUAGAUGCAUUUUCUCAAUACCUCUUUAUAGCUGUAUACCUAACCUCAAAGGAAGAGCCAUCAAUUACAUAUCAGUUUACCCUUUGACUUGUAUUGUUAUUUCCCCGCAAAACAUCUGUUUACUAUGCAACGUUCUUGACAAUAAAGUGUUCAACUGUAAAACAAAAUCCUCUUUA